UUCGCGUGUAAUCAAUGAUAUCUGUAAAAUUAAUACCGAAUGAUUGUUAAGGGAAUUCCAAGUAACCAAUAUGGAAUCCAGUGAUUUAUUUAACAGUGCCGUGAGGGUGAAGGAGGAGCCUAUUGAUGUGUCGCUUAUUAACAAUGAUUGGGAAACGAUUGACGAAAAACCCGAUCUUAAAAACUUCCAACUAUUACCACAUCUGCGAGAAAACUCGGCCCAUACAUUUCAAAAAUGUGAACUUGACGACGAAGUGAAAAUAAUCGUUGAAUGUGAAGACGUCAAGCCCACCGCCAAUUCGUCAGUAGUUAGAAAAAUUGACGAUGAUUCUCAAAUUCACUUACAGAAUAUAAAAAAUAGCCAUGAUAAUACAAAUGAAAACCUAAUUAAAAUGGAAACCAUGCGAUCCAUAAUGGUAUCAAACAUCCAUGUGACACAUGCGGUGAACAUUUCUCGACUGAGAGUAAUCUAA